AUGACGUACGCUGUACCUUACAUGACGUACGCUGUACCUUGCAUGACGUACGCUGUACCUUACAACAUGAUGUGUGUUGUGCCUUACAUGACGUACGCUGUGCCUUACGACAUGACGUACGCUGUGCCUUACGACAUGACGUACGCUGUGCCUUACGACAUGACGUACGCUGUGCCUUACGGCAUGACGUACGCUGUGCCUUACGACAUGACGUACGCUGUGCCUUACGACAUGACGUACGCUGUGCCUUACGACAUGACGUACGCUGUGCCUUACGACAUGACGUACGCUGUGCCUUACGACAUGACGUACGCUGUGCCUUACGACAUGACGUACGCUGUGCCUUACGACAUGACGUACGCUGUGCCUUACGACAUGACGUACGCUGUGCGCUCUGGCAGGUACAACCCGUUCGCAGAUCAAGUCCAUUCCAGUCCACCCCAAAGACUCAUUCAUUAA